GAUCACGCAUUGCUACCAGUAUUCUCGCUCCGGGUAGUCUGUUGCAACUUCCCGCUUUCUUUCUUACCUGAUUCUAUUGUCUUUUGUCGGUCUCAUCCGCUAAAACCACUCAUUCGGUUACAAAUGGACAAUCUGAAAUGCAAUAUUCUGACUUGCCGGACAGCACUGUCUGACAAGGCCGUGGUGACAACAUGUUCACAUAUCUUCUGCGUGGAUUGUGCCAAUACACUAUUUAACGACUCACGUCUUUGCCCUGCCUGCGAGACAUCCUUAACUGAACCCGACGAUGUUGUGGUUUGCUCUCUACAUCCCUCUAAUGACUACAAGACAUCUGUUCUGUCUGGUCUGAACCCUGCAACCAUCCUAGAAAUAUGCAGCCGGGCAAUGUCCUUCUGGCAGUAUCAAUGCCAUCAAGAGCUCGCAUUUCAACUUACAGUGCUGCGUAACGUUAGCGAGAAGAGUGGCUAUCUGCAGAAAGAAUUGGACAAUGCCGUCAGAGAAGCUCGAGGACAAAUAAGUUUGCUCAAUAGCAAGAUCUCUGAGUUGGAACGAGACCUUGAAUUGGAGCGGCGUAAGUCAGGAACGCUUCAAGAUUCCCUCAGAGAAAGAGAGAAGGAGUACCAAAAGCUAAAGGGUCAUCUGGACAAAAUCAAACGCAAGGCACUACUCGCCCCUGGUAGUGUUGGCCAGCACGAUGCUAUGGGAAUCGGAGCAGAGAGACACGUACUAGACGACGGAAUUCGGACAAGACCCCAAGCGGGGUUCACUGGUAAUACUAGCAUGGAUAUGGGAGCUGUGAUAGGUGGAAUGGAGGCAAACGGGAUUCAACGGACUCCAAUCGCCUCCCGUACCGCACAACAAGCCAAUAUUUGGCGGCAGCCACAAUUACAAAACAGACCCAAUUUCACUGCACAACGACAACCAUUCACCGCCAAUCCCGACCGCUCUUUCAGGUCCCAUACCACGGUGUCGGACCAAUCAGAGAAUGAAGUAGAGAACCUCGUUGGACAGGGAUCUAUGCGCCGCUCUAACGGCAACCAAUCUGGAUGGCCUGCUUCUCGGAAUCUACAGAGGAGACCAAAUCAGCCAGCUUUCCCGCAAGUGCCUCAGAGAAGAGGCGGAGGAAAAUUCAAGCCUGCCUCAAUUUCAUGACCCACCUUGCAAGAAGACGCGAACGGACGUUAUUCUCAUUCAACCACGGAUACCGGAAUGAUGGGUAUAAUACAAUAUUGUUAGUCGGGCUUGCGUAAUAUCAUAACGAAUGUCAAGUCCAUGAAAGCA